CCAGAGGGAGCGAGAGGACAACAUCCUGGAGGCUGCUAAGCUCCUCAACAUCCCGACUGGAGGCUUCAGCUUUCAGCCGAACGGACCUGGCCAGGCUGCCCGGGUCUCUUCUGAGCAGUAGCAGCCUCUGAAUCGCUUCUCUCGGGGAAGGCUGGGUCCGAGAAAGUGACGCUCAUGUAUAUUCGGUCAGCUGUGUGUUCGCGGGCAUAAGGACGGGAAGACCCAGCGAUGUCUGCGCCCGGUUUCACUAACCUGAACAGCUCCGUCAGCUACAGCCAGAACUCUGCAGCGAACGGCGAAGCAGCGCCACCCUAUCAGAAUGGUCCGGUACAGAGCUACCCUUCCAUGUAUCCAAUUACAGGCUACUAUGGAGCUCCAGCUCAACAGCAACAGAGCUACUCCACCAUCCCGUCCCAAGCUACCCCAGUUUCCAGCAAAGCACCCAUCACGAACAGUGCCCACAGUGCUAACUACUACCAGAACAACCAUCCACAGCAGCUGCAACAGCACCACCUCCCUCAGCAUCAUGUAGCACCUUACAGUGCUCCACUGAGCUCUGCCCCUCCUUCUCAGCCAUAUGCCACACAUCCUUCCUCAGCACCUCCAUCGUCAAACGCCCAGUACAACCUACAGCCAUUCCAGCAGCAUCCACCCUACACCACUCCGGCAUCCUACUAUGGACCACAGUCAUACCAUGCUUCUCCAGCACAGCAGUCUCAGCAGCAGCAACAACAACCCAGUUUGGUCCCAAUGGCGGCGAGUGGGCCUGGAGGUCCUCUCUACCCCAUUGUUUCAUACCCGUCUGCUCCAGGAAGCAGCCAGUAUGGCACUCUGAGUUCCUCCCAGAGCACCACCCAGAUGGGCGCACCUUUACAUCAGUACGGUGCUGAGCCUCCAGCCUCCUCAGCAUCAGGGCAUUCUGGGUAUGGCAUGGCUCCUCCCAGCCAAGUGGCACCAACAGUGAAUGGUCAAGGAAGCACAGCCCAAAACGCAGUCCAUUCCCACUACAGCCAAACCAAUCAGGCUUCUCUGAGCUACAACUCCUAUGGUGGGGUCACUCAAAGCAGUGGUGGUGCUGAGGCAGACAGACCACCGUCAGGAACCCCUUCCGCUUCAGUCCAUUCCUCACCGGGCCACCGUCAAGGCAUGCAGUAUGGAUAUGUUGCUAAUAGUGGCACUAGCUCUUCCUCUGCCAACACCUCAGGCCCAGCAGCAGCAGCCCCCUCAUCAUCCAGCUCUGAUGAUGACGAUGAGGAGGAGGAGGAGGAUGAGGAAGCAGGCGGUGACACAUCCUCUUCUUCUACUGGCAGUGCCUCUCCGGUGCCCAACAGCUACGAUUCCCUCGAAGGUGGCAGCUAUCCAGAAUCCAUGCCACCAUCCAGCAAUGUGACCAACCAGGCUCAGCCCUACGGUAGUUACGGUUACCCUGGCAUGCAGUCAGGUUAUCGGCAGGGACCAGCGUCCCACACUGAUGCCUCCCCCUCCCACGACCUGUAUGGCCAGUCAAACUACCAGCAGUACUCACAGCCCUUCCCUAGUCUCUCUGAGCUGUCCGCAGCCCUCGGCGGGCUGAGUGGUGUGCCAGAGCUGGAGGUCGAGGCCCUGAGGCCAAUCAACCUGCUGCAGGAGAGAAACUUGCUGCCCCCCAGACCUUUGGAAGCUCCAGAACCCAACCUCAGCCCCGACCUUAAGAAAGUCAACUGCAGUCCACAGACAUUCAGGUGUACUCUGACCAGCAUUCCCCAGACCCAGGCUUUACUCAACAAAGCCAGACUCCCUCUGGGCCUCCUCCUCCACCCCUUCAGAGAUCUACAGCAGUUACCGGUGAUCACAUCAAACACGAUCGUGCGCUGUCGCUCCUGCCGCACCUACAUCAAUCCGUUCGUCACCUUUCUGGACCAGCGCAGGUGGAAGUGCAACCUGUGUUACCGGGUCAAUGAUGUACCAGAUGAGUUCAUGUACAAUCCAGUCACAAGGUCAUACGGUGAACCACACAAGAGGCCAGAGGUCCAGAAUUCCACUGUGGAGUUCAUCGCCUCCUCAGACUACAUGUUGCGACCUCCUCAGCCGGCGGCCUACCUGUUUGUACUCGACGUGUCUCACAAUGCUGUGGAAGCAGGAUACCUGAAGUACUUCUGUGAAUCACUUCUUGAGAACUUGGAUAAGUUGCCUGGGGACUCGCGUACCAGAGUGGGCUUCCUCACCUUUGAUAGCACCAUCCACUUUUACAAUCUCCAGGAGGGGCUGUCCCAGCCACAGAUGCUGGUGGUGUCAGACAUCGAUGAUGUCUUCAUACCAUCUCAUGACAGCCUGAUGGUGAAUCUAAAGGAGAGCAACGAGCUGGUGAAGGACUUGCUGAAGUCACUGCCGGCGCUGUUCAGCCAGAGCAGAGAGACCCACAGCGCCCUCGGUCCUGCCUUACAGGCCGCUUUCAAGCUCAUGUCACCCACCGGAGGCCGCAUCACGGUGUUCCAGACUCAGCUGCCGACGCUGGGAGCUGGGAAGCUGCAGUCGAGAGAAGACCCCAAUCAGCGUUCGAGCUCCAAGGGAGCCCACCACCUCGGUCCUGCCACUGACUUCUACAAGAAACUUGCACUGGAUUGCUCAGGACAACAGAUAGGAGUGGAUCUCUUCCUCCUCAGCUCCCAGUACGCCGACCUCGCCUCAUUAGCAUGUAUCUCCAGGUAUUCAGCAGGCAGCGUCUUUUACUAUCCCUCCUUUCAUCACAUCCACAACCCGGCCCAGCUGGAAAAGUUCCAGAGAGACCUCGAGCGCUACCUCACCAGGAAGAUCGGCUUUGAGGCGGUCAUGAGAAUAAGAUGCACUAAAGGUUUAUCCAUCCACACGUUUCACGGUAACUUCUUUGUGCGCUCCACUGACCUGCUGUCCCUGGCCAAUGUGAACCCAGACUCUGCCUUCGCUGUCCAGAUGUCAGUCGAAGACUCUCUGGCAGACUCGUCUCUGGCCUGCUUCCAGGCUGCUCUGCUCUACACGUCGAGUAAAGGAAAGAGACGUAUCAGAGUCCACACUCUGUGUCUGCCGGUGGUCAGUCAGCUGAGUGACGUGUAUGCCGGUGCUGACGUCCAAGCCAUCACUUGUCUGUUAGCCAACAUGGCCAUCGAUCGAUCGAUAUCAUCCAGCCUGUCGGACGCCCGGGACGCGCUGGUGAAUGCGGUGGUGGACUUGGGGAGCGCCUACAAGAGCAACGUCUCCAACCUUCAGCAGUCUGGACUUGUCCUCCCUGCAGCCAUGCGUCUCUUCCCCCUCUACAUCCUUGCUCUCCUUAAACAGAAAGCCCUGCGGACGGGCACCAGCACGAGGCUGGACGAGCGGGUCUUUGCCAUGUGCGAAUUCAAGACUCAGCCGCUGCAGCAGCUGAUGCGAAUGGUUCAUCCUGACCUCUACCGACUGGACAACAUCUCUGACCAGGGGGCGCUUCAUCUGAACGAUACCGUAGUCCCUCAGCCUCAUCUGCUCCACCUGUCUGCUGAGAGGCUGAGCAGAGAUGGAGCUUUCCUCAUGGACUGUGGCAACGUGUUUUAUCUGUGGAUCGGCAAGUGCUGCAACGAAAUGUUCAUCCGAGAUGUUUUGGGCUGCCCGAACUACGCUUCAAUUCCCCCCAACAUGAGUCACAUUCCGGAGCUGGAGACUCCUCUCUCUGAGAGGGUGCGAGCUUUCCUCGACUGGCUCCACGACAACCGAGCGUUCAGCUCCACGAUACAUGUCGUCAAAGAUGAUGCCUCGGCUAAAGCCACUUUGUUCCAGCACCUGGUGGAGGACCGGUCAGAGUGGGCUUCUUCCUAUCAUGAAUUCCUGCAGCACAUUCAGCAGCAAGUGUCCAAGUAGACUCCCAUCACGCUGAGAAAAACUUUGACCACUAGAUUCCUUAAACAAGAGCGUGAAAGGACUUGUAACCUGAUAGAGUGAAAGCUAGUGUUAGCCAGCAAUGGACACCCAUCGCUGCGUCAGACCAGUUUUAGCGAGGCGAGUUUCCUCCCCUUCUUUUAAACGGUCUCAUUCAAAUCAAAGCUUGUUGGUCACCUGCGAUUAGACCAGCAGAAGGGGAGGGAAGAGGUAGUUUUAGAAAAGAAUAACGAGUUACCGAAAAGAAUGAAUGAACGAAUGAAAUUGCUAAAAAACAAACAUCCUGCAGCGGCUCUUGCUGCCUCUUUAACCACUGUCAAACAUUUUAACCUUCUCGUAAAUCCAUCGCUCCCGAGAGGAGGAGGAGAAAGUCGAGCCAAGAAGAUGCCACUUCAACAUCUUUUAUUUCAGUUUGUUUUGUGAGCCUAAAAUGUAGCUUGUGCUUUUUCUUUCUUUUUCUUUCCUUUUUUUUUUUUUUUUAAAUUUCCCGAUACA